UCUUAUGUCACUGCUGAGAGCCACAUUGUGAAAACUUUGUUCGAAAGUUUCAGUUGUGUCUAUUAGGCUUGUUGGGCCACUUUGGACUUCUACUACCGUUAUGGUUGAGAUUACCUCGGGGCAGUAUUGAGCUGUCAUCAGGCAGCAUAUGUCUUGAUCGAGUCGCUCUGACCCCUACACCCCUAUCGCUACUUCUGGGUCUCCCUAUACGUUCUCUACAGUUGUCCACAACGACAAGCUUCAUUCAGGACUUUUUUGGCAGAGUUUCAAGUCGCGGAGAGAAGGGGAAAGAAGCUUGAGACGAAAUGCCAUCACGACCUGCCUCCGAAGUUACUCCACGUGCGACAGCUGUUGUAUUCUGGUUAACAGCGGCGUUCGCCCUGAUACCGUUGGGUAGCUGUUAUUCGACAGGUGUCGCGAUCGGGUAUUCACGUGCCGUGGAGGAUUUACCGGGAGCGAGGGAGUUUGGUGAUGGGGAGAUUUGGCUAUAUGGACGGCGUAUGCUGCGGGACGUGGAGGGGGAUGGUGGCGACGGGUGGUCGUCUGGUGUGACUUGUAGCGGGGACGCCGUCUAUCAAAGAGACAUACUGAUUGACGGUUGGACUUCAGACGACCCCCACCCACACACGGGAACUGGGGGUGUUCACAUCACCAGGGGAUCCCCGUCACAAAGUCACGAAUCACCCCGCAUUAAACGCCGGGCUCAACACGGUGACCAACGGAGACACUACUACAGGAGCAAGAAAGCGUCAAGGGUCGAGUUGUCUCGCAGCGCCCACCAUGACUUCGAGGAAAGGUCGCGGAUGAGGCGCGGUGCCACAGCCGUGGAAUCUAACCUGUGGCCUGGUGCUAUCAUACCGUAUGAAAUAGACGCUAAAUGCGACGAGGAUACCAAGAACCUCGUCAUACGGAGCAUGCGCCAUUGGGAGGAGCACACGUGUCUUCGGUUCAUACCAAGAGCCAAUCAAACUUCCUAUGUGCUAUUCUACUUUUCUGGAGGAUGCUGCUCACACGUUGGACGAUCGGGCUCCAGACAGAAAGUCUACCUCGGACCUGGCUGUAAUAGAUUCCGCACCAUCAUCCACGAGAUUGGACAUGUGGUCGGCUUCUGGCACGAGCAGAGCCGGCCGGACCGGGACGAGUUCGUCACCGUGUACGAGGGCAAUAUCUCCCCGGGAGAUCUUUCAAACUUCUUCCGGUACGACACUGCCAAGAUCAACUCACUUGAGCAGCCCUAUGACUAUGACUCCGUGAUGCACUACGGACAGCACUCCUUCAGUCGGAACUUCAGAAAGACAAUUAUCCCAAAGACAGAGUGGGCUUCAAUCGGACAGCAACGAGGGCUGAGUGUGGGAGACAUCCUACAGGCUAAUCUACUCUAUCGAUGCACCAACGUAGGGACAUGUGGUGGAACCAUUUUCAAAUCCUUCGGGCAAAUUACGUCACCCCACUACCCAGAACCCUUUGUGCCAAACACGACAUGUGAUUGGUCAAUUUCUGUCGGUGAGGGCUUCGCGCUGAAAUUAACUUUCGUGGAUAUUGAUCUAGAACCUGACAAGGAUGGACAGUGUCCCGGAGACUACAUUGAGGUGCGAGACGGCCUGGGCGAGCUAGGCCGUCUAAUCGGUAGAUAUUGCGGCGGCAUCUUACCGACACCUAUCACGCUGGACUCGGGCCGGGUGUGGCUUCGUUUCAGGGCACGUACCAGCCCAGUGUUCCAGUCCAGAGCUGGUUUUACGGCCAAGUUUCAAUCGGUGUCUUUUGACGAGCGACUGACGGUGAGCAGUGGGGUGCUGAAGAGCAAGAACUACCCCGACGGCUUCCCGUCAAACACAGACAGCGUCUGGCAAAUCACGGUGGAAGUCGGCUUCAUGAUUAAUUUGAGGAUUAUCGAGUUACGAAUCCCAGUUGCUUCAGAAACCGGUUGUUAUGGUGAUUACCUCAACAUCAUUGAGGGCGACACCAGCCAAUCACCUUUGAUAACCAAGCUAUGUCACUCACAGAGCAAUGUGGGUGUGGUUUCUGCCGGCGAGAGUUUGCGCAUUGAGUUACAUUCGGGUAACCCCGAGAGGCGUGGCGACGUGGAUCAGCCAACCAGAUUCCACGCUCACUAUUCACAAAGAGAUAUCAAUGAAUGCCAGAGGAAUAGUGGAGACUGUGAGCAAGCUUGCCUUAACUUGAUCGGUAGCUACGUAUGUGGUUGCCAAUAUGGCUACGUGUUGGCAGCUAACUACAGAAAUUGCAUAGACAUCGACGAGUGUUUAGACAACAAUGGCGGAUGUUCAGAUAUCUGUGUGAACACUGAGGGCGCACACUACUGCACAUGCUCAGACGGCUUUCUCCUUGCUCCAGACAACGCUACUCAUUGCAUAGAUAAGAAUGAGUGUGACGACUGGGAGCGCAACGAUUGCGAACAGCACUGUUAUAACACAAUCGGAGAGUACGCAUGCGCCUGCAAGCCGGGUUUCAUCUUAGCUCCGAAUGGGCGGAACUGCGUAGGUAUAAAGAACUGUGGAGGAGAGUACGGAGGCUACGAAGGGACGUUUGUUUCUCCAGAGGGACCACCGAUUAACUUCAAUAGCACUCUGGACUGCGUAUGGCGGAUUCAGGUUGACCCGGCGUUCACGGUCUCUCUCAGGAUUAAACUAUUGCAAUGGACAAACAACGAUCCCUGUGAAGACUACAUUGAUUUCAACGAGGGCCAGGUGCCAAUGGGAGUUCACGUGCAAAUCUGCAACAAGGACGAAGCACCACACGUCUUCCAGACAAACUCAAACACAGUGUGGAUGCACUAUCGCUCUGUCUGGCCGCAUGGGGGCGCCUUCCAGGUGGAGUACUUUACGCGGGAACGGGAAAACAACAAUGUCGAGUGUGGUGGUGUGCUUCACGCUGGUUCGAGUGGCAUAAUAGAAUCGCCCGGUUAUCCGUUUGCCUACCCGAAUGACGUCAACUGCUUGUGGCAAAUUACUGGACAGAACAUCCGGUUGCAAUUCGAGUCCUUUGAACUUGAGAAAGAGGACAGAUGCUCGUACGACUACUUGGAUAUCCAAGAUGGCGACGAUAAUGAACCGAGAGCUAGGCAUAUAGGAAGGUUUUGCGGCAAUAGAAUUCCACCGAACGAAGUGACGUCAUCUACCGGGGAUAUUUUCAUCAAAUUCCAGUCGGAUGCAUCUGUUCGAGAAGCAGGCUUCAGGGUUAUGUUCGAAGUGAAUUAAAACAAACAAUGUCCACAGUAAAUGGAUGCCUGCCACCAAAGGGAUCAGGCUACCGGCGGCUGGUUUCAGGCUCCUCUAAGUCUUCAAGUCAAGCUUUUUAACCUGCACCCUAGUUCUGUUGGAUUUUGUCAAUUUUUUGUGCCAAUGGGAGACUUUCUGGGACGAAAGAGGCCAGCAGACU